CCCUCAAGUCAAGUUUAGUCAAGGCUAUCUUUAGAAUCUUCUGCAUCUCAUCCACCCGCGUCUCGACCAAGAAUCAUCCGUUCUUCUCCCAUCCCUCUCAGUACCUAUCCCCAUCUGUUCCAUCCGAGAAUUGUCUCUUGUCGAUCCUUUCACUCCCAUUUCUUCUUUCACUCCAAAGGGCUAUUAUCCUUCUUCUGUCGCGUGCUUAGAAAACUCCCUUCGCUGGGCGGCUCUUCUCUCGGGUUUCAUCGCUUCUAUACGCGCCGACGUUUUGUUUACAGGGCGACUCGAUAUCAUUCUCUUCGCUUUCUUUGUUUCCACCUCCGACCUCGAUAGGCCCGUUGUUGCGCACCUCGCUCGCACACCUUCUACCUCAUGGGUCGAAGAAAGAUCGAGAUCAAGGCGAUCAAAGAUGAUCGCAACCGCUCAGUGACCUUCUUGAAACGAAAGGGCGGUCUCUUCAAGAAGGCUCAUGAGCUAGCGGUAUUAUGUUCGGUAGACGUCGCCGUCAUCAUCUUUGGCCAUAACAAAAAACUCUAUGAAUUUUCUUCUUGUGAUAUGCGAGAAACCCUUACACGAUAUCAAUAUUUCGGUCCACCUCAUGAACACAAAGGCCCAGAAGACUUCAACGGCAAACGUGAUGAUGAUGACGACGACGAAGAUGAUGCCACGCCUGCACCUGACGACAUCCAUGCCGUAUCUCAAAACCCUCCUCCACAAAUGAUGCCCCACGUCCCUCAUCACAACUUCCAACAUGUCAACCAUGCACCCUCUGCCUCGCCGCCAAUUCACAACGGCAUACCUUUCGAUCCGCGCCAUGGGACGCCACAACCGCAAGGGGCUUCAAGGCCCUCGUCGAGGAAUCAUUUACGUCGUGUUAGCUCCAACCUUGGGGGACCACCCCACCAUGGAACGCCCCCGCCCCCUCCACCACCUCCAAACACUUUUACAUACAUGUCCAAUCCGUCGGUUUACAAUCCUAAUGCUCCUCACAUGGGCCAACCGCAUCAACGACCACCUCAGUAUGCGCACUUCGUGAACCAUCCCCCCGGGCCGCAUCAACCUCCACCCCAGCAUCAGCCCAUGCCGGCCCAUACCAUGCCUCCUCAGUCGAUGCCCCCUCAGCCAAUAGCUCAACACGCCCAUGCUCAUCAGCAGCAUCUUUCCCAGCAUCCGCAGCACAACCAGCACACUCAACACACUCAGCACACCCAGCAUCCAAUGGCGCAGCCUCCACCGACGAUUGGCAUUUCCCAACCACCUCACCAACCUAUACCCCAAAUCUCCCAGCCGUACCUAGCAGAGCAGCAGCAGCAGCAACCACCGCGGACGACUUCUCUACCUGAGACCUCAACGGAUCAAAUUCCGAUUUUGAAGACUGAAGGAACGCAAUCCCCUCCGCACAUAAAACCUCUCUCCAAGUCCCGUAGCAUAUUCACGCCUAUCGAUGACCACGGAUCUGUUCUAGCGCGCCAUUUCGAAUUCAGCGGCAACACAAGUCUGAAGCUGGAACCUGAUGAGAAGAAGCCUUUCAAGAAGAUUUCUCCUCCACCUCGUCCCGCCACAGAUAUCCCCAUGUCCAAGCCCGCUCCGGAUAUAAAGCCUCCUGCGCGGACCAACAGCGCCCAGCUAGGGACAAAGCGACCCCAGCUGAAAGUUCAAAUACCCAGCGAGCACUCGGAUGGGGCAAGCGCAACAGCAGAGUCUUCGUCUUCCGCUGGCAAUAAGACUGCAACUCCUGCAAAAACCAACGACGCCAGCCACACUGGCGUGGUAUUACCGCCUCCUUCUCCCUCCGCCGGUCCGAUCCUCAGCGCAGGUGCGCAGGGGCCGCCGAACCCAUUCGCUAGGCCACCACCCCCAGGCACGACGGCAGGCGCGGCGCAGAACAAUACCACUGCGUACAAUAACAAUAAUAACAUAGAGACACCGAUAUCCGCAUUACCCAGCAGAUUCGUCUCUGAUGCGCUACUUCCGUCACCAUCCAGUUUCUUCCCUGAAUGGGGUUUUGGCCGGUCUGGACCAGACAGCGCUAUGCUUCCGAGUCCUCUCACUUUCCCUACACCUGCGAUCCAGAAUGGGCCUGGAUUUGGUCGAGAGGAUGAGCAAGAUAAAAAACGCAAGAGCCCGGAUAGUGGGCCCAGUGCUGAAGCUGCUGUGAAGAAAGCGAAAACGUAACAUUCCUUCUUUUCACUUUUAAUGAUGUGACCUAUCAUUUUCUAUCGCGUCACCGCCCGGCUCUCGCUUAUUUGCAUUCUCGCGGCGUUCUGGAAAGUCGAUAAUUUGGGUAGGAGUUGGAUACUUAAUUCCUGAUUUUCUCGAGACCUCCGCUAUCCCUUGCUCGUUUUCUUGGGCCUCGAUCUCUUUUGUCCGCUUAUUCUCUGUCUUUUCUCUUUCAUUAUCUGUUUCAACAUCUUAUCUCUAUACCCCUUGUCUAUGGCGAGUACUAUUUCUGCUCCUAACAUUCUCAACUUCGAAUAGUCUGUCUGCAGAUUCAAAGAAUGAAAAGACCGCAACGGAUGAAAAAAAGCCUCAAGGAUGGACCAAAUGAGCAACCAUAUACCUAAUUUUUCAGUUCACUUGGGGCUGGUUAUUGAUAUACCUACAAAUUGUACUUUUUUGGUGUUCUCAAUAUGAUCAGGGCUUAAGAGAUAAGCAGAUUUCAAUGGUGUGAUGAGAUUAUCCAAUUAUGUACUUGAUUAUUUUGUAGAUGCUACUAUAUACUAGAAGAGCCAUCCAUGGGCUGUACUAUGUGCAAGGUAGGUAUGCACCAGCCUAGAUACAACACGCCGAUACAUACCCAGCAUAUUGCCGGUACCUAAGCAGUCUGCUUCCCACUGCUCUCCACCUUCGCGCCCCUCGCCCUCGCCUGGUCCGCGAGAAUCUCCUUCCUCGCCCUCUCCUGCUCCUCAAGCCCCGUCUUGCGAACCGUAUGCGUCUUACUCAACUCAACCGGUGUAACAAAGAUACUAACAAUCAGCCCAACGCCAGCCAUAGCGGUAUAAAAGAUCCAAAUCCUGCUCAGCGAGAAAUUGAAGACGUCGAGGACAACGUCCUUUUGCGCCUCGGGCAGGGAGCGGAUGAGCUCGUGGCUGUUCUCCGCAAAGGAGCUGCUGAGCGCCGAGGCUGUUUGGGGGCCCACGGCGGCGGAAAUGGUGGAUGAUUUUGAGACGAGGAUGUUCUGGUAGAUGACCGUGCCGAUGACGAUGGAAAUUGAGGCGGAGACUUGGCGGAGGAAGGAGAAUGUCGAGGUUCCGGCGGCCAUGUCUGAUGGGUGGAUGUUUGCCUGGAGGGCGACGAGGGGCGCUUGAAAGAGCGGGCCUGUGCCGAAGCCACCGAUGAGUUGGUAGAUGAUUAUGCGGGGCCAGGAGGCGUAGGGCUUGAGGUCAAUGAGGAGGCCGUAGCCGAGGGUUAGGAAGACGAAGGCGGCGAUGAUGAGUUCGCGGUAACGGCCAGUUUUGCGGAUGAAAAUUCCCGUGACGAUGGACAUGAGGGAAAGGGAGAGGACUUGCGGGAGGACGUAGACACCGCUGAGGAUUGGGGAGACGAGGAGCACGCUUUGGAAGUAGAAAGGGAGGUAGUAGGAGCCGCCCAUAAAAACCAUGCUGUGCAUGAAGCAGAUGACGAGGAUGAGGACAUUGUGCCAGUUUGUGAAAAGGCGAAGGGGAAUCACAGGAUAGCGGGCUAUCUUCCAUUCGUUGAGCAUCGCGAGGACGUAGGUGAAGAGGCCGAAGACGAUGAGGCAGAUGACUGUUGCAGAGUCCCAGGGGUAGUUGACGCCGCCGAAUUGCAGGCCGAAGAGGAACAUGAGGGUUCCUCCGACGAUUAAAAGGACGCCUGACCAGUCGAUCGUCUUGAGGCCACCCAACAAUGGGGUCUUCGGGGACUCAAUCUUGAGGAAGAAGAACAAGAUGGCAAAGGAGACGCCGCCAAUCGGCACU